CGGAAUUUCUAGAAAAGCCUAAGAGAAUUUUGUUUACGUGUUACUUAUGAAAUGAAGUGUGGUUGAAAGUAAACUAAUCAGGCAGCUAUGAUGGGAGAAAAUAAUCAAAAUAUAUAGUGGCUAUGGUCGCCGGGCUAUUCCGAAAUAAUAUCCGCUAGUUCGGGGCUUCACUUCAGCCAUGGCUGCUACCUCAAACCUCUUUCAGGCAUCUCAUUUCUGAGAAGAUUCUACAGGAAAACCAGGAUGGGUGUAUUGGAGAGUAGAAGACUUUUAUGGAUUUCUGCAUUGGUCUUCUCCAUGCUUAUAAUGAUUCAGAUUUUCAACCAUCCAUAUGGUUAUUUGCCUUCUUUGUUCUCUUCUUCAUCCACCAAAGGUAAAGUAGCAUGGUCAUCACAUGGAAGCUUCCAAAUGGGAAGUUCAAUAGGAAAGGAUGGGGAUAUUAACGAUGAUUCCUCAGAUGGUAGUCACCCCAAGAGUGAAUUGCUGGAUAUAAGUAACGAUGGUUCAGAGGCACUAAAUUCAGAAGAAAGGAAUAAUGAUAUGUCUGGGGGACCAGAGAUGAUGAGAUCUGAAAAUAUAUCUUCAAAAGAGAGCAACAAUGUAGGGUAUAAUGGUCUUUGGAUGGAGAAAAGUGACACUAGUUCCUCUGGUUUGUCUCAGCCGCCCGAUGUAAAUUCAAGGUCUCUCGAUAUGUCAAGGGGAUCAGACAUGAUGAGGUCUGAAAAUGUAUCUUCAAAAGUGAGCAACAAUGGAGUUAAUGAUCCUUGGUUGGAGAAAAAUGACAUGAAGUCCUAUGUUGUGGCUCCGCCACCCGCUUAUGUGCAUGUAAAUUCAUGGUCUCCUGCAGCAUCUCCUGUUGGAAACAUAGAUCUGAUAAAAAAUACUUCUCUUAACUACCAUUCUCCCGUUAUGAGUAUCCCAGAUGUGAAAGAUAUGUCUCCUUCUAUGCCUGAAAGUAAGAAAGAUCCAGCUGUGUUGUCAAUAGCUGAAAUGAAUGUUAUGCUACAAAAAAGUCUCUCUUCUUUCCACUCAGUGAAACCACAGUGGUCUUCACCAAGAGAUCAUGACAUGUUACAUGCAAGAGCUCUGAUUGAGGAUGCACCUCUGGUACAUGAUGCACCUGGUUUAUAUGCACCUUUGUAUAGAAAUCUAUCCAUGUUUAAAAGGAGCUAUGAAUUGAUGGAGCAGACUCUCAAGGUGUACAUAUACUCUGAAGGAUACAGACCUAUAUUCCACACACCUAUCCUUAAAGGAAUAUAUGCUUCUGAGGGCUGGUUCAUGAAGUUGCUGAAAUCAAACAAGCAUUUUGUGACAAAAAAAGCAAAGAGGGCCCACUUAUUUUAUUUACCUUUUAGUUCCCGAAUGUUGGAGGAGACUUUAUAUGUUCCCAAUUCUCAUGACCAUAAACCACUGCUCAAAUGCUUGAGUGAUUACCUUAAUGUCAUCAUUCAAAGACACGACUUUUGGAACAGAACCAGUGGGGCUGACCACUUUCUUGUUGCCUGCCAUGACUGGGCCCCUACAGAGACAAGGCGACUUAUGACAAAUUGCAUAAGAGCUUUGUGCAAUGCAGAUGCUAAACAAGGAUUCCGAUUUGGUAAAGAUGCAUCUCUUCCAGAAACAUACGUGAAAUCAUCAAAGAAACCCCUUAGAGAAAUUGGUGGAAAUUCUCUUUCGCAACGCCAAAACCUUGCUUUCUUUGCCGGGAACAUGCAUGGUUACCUCCGCCCUGUUCUAUUACAACACUGGGGGAACAAAGAUUCCACCAUGAAAAUCUUUGGCCCCAUAGAUAUGGAAGCAUAUGUCAACUACAUGAAGAGCAGCAAGUACUGCAUUUGUGCAAAGGGGUACGAAGUGAACAGCCCCCGCGUGGUGGAGGCCAUCUUCUACGAGUGUGUUCCUGUGAUCAUAUCAGACAACUUUGUGCCCCCCUUUUUUGAGACAUUGAACUGGGAAUCUUUUGCAGUUUUUGUCCCGGAGAAGAAUAUUCCAGAGCUGAAGAACAUACUUGCAUCAAUCCCGGACAGGAGAUUCCGAGAGAUGCAACGAAGGGUUAAGAUUGUCCAACAGCAUUUCCUAUGGCACCCUAAACCCGUCAAGUAUGACGCUUUCCACAUGAUACUUCACUCGGUGUGGCAUAACAGAGUUUUUGGAAUAAGAAGCAACAGCAGCACGUGAAAUUAAGUCCUAUGUAGUACCUGCGUAUCCAUGAGUGAUGGACGGGGUCAUCAAAUUUUCCUUGAAAAAAGGAUUUUGUAAAUGGGCUUACUGUAUGCAUAUAUCCUAUUGGGGACAAUUUCAAUAGUUGUAUGUAAAGAGCUAAUAAUCUGUUGGUAUUUUGAUGGAGAAGGGGAACAAAUUUGAAGGAAAAGGAAAAAUGAUGCAAUGCAAGGAAGAAAAAGAUGGUGCAAAUAGGAUAGGUAGUAAUGAGAUGGGCACAUUCAUUGUAUGUUUUGAUUAGUAGCUACUCUGUAUUAGGUAACAAAACUAAAUGUACAGGCAAUCAAUAUAAUACAUGUAUACUAAAUACGUAGUUUAUGGUAUAAAAUAACCGCCCGUGCGCGAAUAAAGGAAUAAAUAAC